AUGGGUUUGGAAAUGUCCCCGAAAAAACGCCCUCGCACUAGACGACCUAAGAAGCCACCAGGAGACGGGGGCUCGGCUGAUGAGAAACGACCUAGAACUGCAUUUUCUGGACCACAGCUUGCUAGAUUAAAGCACGAGUUUGCUGAAAACCGCUACUUGACUGAGAGAAGAAGACAGACUCUGGCUGCAGAGCUAGGUCUCGCUGAAGCACAGAUCAAGAUCUGGUUCCAGAAUAAAAGGGCAAAGAUCAAGAAAGCGUCUGGACAAAGAAACCCAUUGGCCUUGCAACUGAUGGCCCAAGGCCUGUACAACCACAGUACAAUUCCUUUAACGAAGGAAGAAGAAGAGUUAGAGAUGAAGGCAAGAGAAAGAGAACAGAGUCGACAG